AUGAACAACAACAUAUAUGUUCGACCUUGUGUAUCGGCACGACCAUCAGUAGUCGAUCUUUACUGCUUGGUAUUAUUUAAAGAAGAUAAUUCGUACAUUGUUAAAAAAAAAACUCAACUGCCAACUGCUGAUAAAUCUGGCUUAGUUAAGAUGCGUUUUCAAAACCAAGUUAUGAUUGGUAUGAUUAUUCGUGAAGGUUCCGAAGAUGAGUGUGAGAAAGCUGGUCGUGGACUCGAGUCAGUAAUAAGAACUGACCUCGAGUCUGAAGCUGAAGUUUCGUAUUCAACUCAAAACAAAUUGAACCAGCGCAAAGAAAAUCAAGAUCCAUCAUUAAAUUCAAAUUACACGAAACCUGCAACAGCAAAUGUUUGUGCAUUACCUCCUUUUUCGGCUUUAGAUGUAAAAGAUCUUGGAACCGAUCAAAUAACAUCAUCUAAUAGUGAUUCAAGUAAUGAAAUCGAUUCUAUUGAAGAGAUGUUGGAGGAGCUCAAUGAAAUCAAUCCAUCAAAGAAAAUUGUUUGCAAAAAGAAACGAAAAAAGAAAAAUCAAAUUGCUCCAGCUGCUAAACGUUUCGUUGCUACCAAUAAUACAGUAUCAGAUGAUAAUUCAACAUCAGUUUCAACUGUAAAUGAAAUAUAUAAAAUCUUACAACGAAUUGAAAGUGAUUGUCAAGCAAAUCAAAUUCAAUUAGAACAACUUGUUGUUGAGCAAAAGCGACUAAACAAUAUGAUACGUCUAAUGUUUGAAAAUCAGAAACGUAUUCAAAGAGGUUUUGCGAAACUACAAGUUCAUGUACCAUUAGUUGAUCCACAAGAUGAAAAUAAUGAAAAAUCAGAUAAAAGUAAUUUGGUCCCAUUCCGUAAAUCUCUGAAGUGGCCUGUUGGGUCAUCUGAUUCAGUAGACGUCUUGCUAAUUUCAUCAGAUCCAAAAAAUAAAACACGUUAUGCAACUAAAGUUUUGAGCAUCGUCUUUUCACGUGAAGAUCUUGAAAAUAUUCAACCGGAUGCCUUACCUACUGACGAACGAUAUCUUUUUGUGAAAGAGGCCGUCAGGUCCAAAUUUAAACUUGAUGCUGCUCAAAUGGCAUUACAAUGGACCAUCUUUCACGAAGCCAUCAUGCAGAAAAGAAGAAAUAACCGACGUGAUAGCCGUGAAAAUGGUAAAAAUCAAUCAACAUAG